AUGUUAUCUGCGUUGCGUAUCCCCCGGUCUAGUCUAGGUCUAGAUAUGGAAGAGACGCGUACCGCACAAGCGCCGGUAUCACCUACAGAUAUAACCUCACCAGUACCCUCACUCUCUCGCUCGAUUUUAUCUGCAUCCGACACUUCCCCCAACGGCUGGGUUACCCUCGAAUUACCUCGAGUAUCAAGCCCAGCAGCACACAGUCCCUCUGCGUCGAGCGGAAAAUCUGAAAGUGAUGGUUGUCCUGCUCAUGUACGCUUUCAGAAUACCUGCCUUAUCAUUCCCGACAACCCGAUGAAAUCCCCUGGCCUUGCAGCUCGUAUGCUGGCGGUUGGCUCCUGGACAACUUCCAAGCGCCGCGUUUCAGACCCGGAUAGAGAGCAUAGCCCCUCAGCCCCCUUGCUUGGUGUUCGCAUCCCAGGGCUUGGGCGUAAACACAAGCAGGCCCCUUACUCUCAGCAUAGCACAGAGCCUGCCUCGUCAUUUGCUUCAUCCGAACCGGUUGUCGCUCCUCGUCCCCGGUUAACAACAGCCCACUCGUUCCACAUGAUGAGUCCACCUCCCUGCCGUCCGUACUCGUUCGGGCCCCUACCCGAUCGAACAGUAUGCCUCCUCCCUCCGCAUGUGCCACCUGCUUGCUCCAAACUCGACGGCGUAGUUCAUUGGUCCCCUGGCGCUCGACGAAAGCGAAGAGAAGAUCGUGAAGAGCGAGAGCGUGAAACUCGAGCUGGUCUACGUGACCCAGGUUCUAAUACUGCAUAUGGUUGGGAAGAUAUGCUUGCGUUUGAAUCUGACACAGAAGAUAAAGGGUGUCAUACUGGACCCUCAAAGUCCACUGGGCGUCGGACAACAUCUCCGCCGCCCUCAUCACUUGCCACUCGACGAUGUGGUGCUAUUGCCGCACAAGCGCUCAAACAUCCUUUGGCGCUUCCCUGCCCUGUUCCGCGAGCUUGUACCGAAGACGAUACAGACGAGGAGUCUUUGUUUCCUCUUCCUGUUUCUCCUCGUGGAGCUCGCUCACCAACUUGUCGCGGAUCCAAAUCCCAAGGCAAGCUCAGCCCCAACAACUCCAACUCAUCGGCCACGCCUUCGCCUAACGCGAGCGAUGAACUAACGACGAAAUGUGCUGAAACGGCCAACCCUGCCAAGUGUGCUGAGGUCAUUGCUACCAAAUGCGCCGAAAAGGCCAAGACUGAAGUCGUUGUGCCCGCUAUGCGACGGUUGUUGGAGCAACAAGCGUUCGAAGGACACCGCUUGAGUCCCGUACCUGGAUCGGAAGCCCCCACUCCUCGAUCUGGAACACCUACCGCUCCAAGCUUUCCAAAUUGUGACCCCGAACCGGCGGUUCCGCCUAAGGAAGAUCGCGGAAGGAGCCAAAUAACCAAGUUGGAGAUGGCUCAAGUUGACGAACUUCCUCCUCAAUCCCAACAGUUCACAAGGCCUCCUACAUCUGUGUCCCCAGAUACCAGGCCUAGUGCAGGAAGGAGGCGAUCGAGUAGCGUGAGUUCUAUGGGAAGGACUAUUGGUGCGAUCGUGCGAGGUGUAGCAGCAGGGGUGGUUAGCGGACCACCUAUGUAA